CUUUCAUGCCUGUGGAAAGUGCGACCGAGAUGAAGCACCAUGCUCCAUGGACGAGUCGUGCGUUGCAGGGUGGUUUAUCAUCUUGGAGAUUAUGUUCGUCCUUCCCUGACGUACUACGGUCGUCCACGUCGUUCUCGAAGGCAUCAACUAUGGCGGUGGAGAAGUGAGUGCUGCAUAUUCUGUGUUCUGCUGAUGCGACUCCUUAAUCAUAUUUGUGCGACACCUUGAACCAAAAGUCCCAUAUGCGAUGGAUACAACGGGAGUAUUACGAUAGUUUGUCAUGCCAAGGUUGCAUUUACUUCAUCAUGGUCUAUGGUGUCGUCGUGGCUAUCUACAACGCGCACGGGAUAAAUCCCAGAGUUGAGUCCGAUGAUUUUGGACUCGUCGAUACGGAGCACUGUGCCGCCGUACUGCCCAUCGAUCGCCCAUGUGUUCACUUGCACGUAGCAGUCGUCUUCGUACUUCGGCAGGAGGGCGAUUUCCUGAUGCUCACGUUGGCCCCGGUGCGACCCAUGACUGGUUUGGCAACGUAUCCACCCUUGAAAGUCGCAAUGUCUGCCGCGUCAAAGGUCGAUCGCAGCAAGUACGGGUUGUCGGGGGCCAGUUGGGACAAGAUGGGCAAAAUCGCUUUGGACGAAGGAAGCACUGUCCAAAGGGGCUCAAACACGCGCACGGACGGAUGGAGCAUCACGUCCAUGACCUGGACAGUUCGCGCCAAAGGCGACGGUGUCAUGUGAACUGAUGCGCCUUGCUUCGUCAGCCCGUUCCUGGCCUCGUACUGACAGAUCACUGUUUGCCACGCCCAUGUCUUCCACACGUUGCGCAGCGGUCGGUUUUGUCCGUCCAAAAUCGUGACUCCGUCCUUGUCGAAGUGCAGUUCUUUGACACCAACGAUCAACUCGCACGAAAUGCCCGCAGCUUCGGCUGCAGCCUUCAUGUACAACGAAUGAUAUCGCUCUUCGGCGUCAUCGUCGCACAGAAGAUGCAGCGUGCCGUGGACGUUCUUUCCUUUCCAUGCCGCCGUCAAUUGCGCGAACAACGUGGUGCUGCUGCUGCGCCCCAACGAACCCAGCCCCGCCGAGUUGGACCAUGCGUCCUGCGUGUACCCGCACUCCAUCAGACACGACGCUGAGUCUGCAUUGUACUCGUACACCUUCAUCCCUUGGUCUGUCAAGGCAAAGUCCAAUCGACCGGAGAUCGUGUCGUUUUUGCUACAUCAAGUUCUGAACAUUAGAAGUCCACCAGCCAAGUACAACUCGAUCUCGGACGUUUCCAUGCAGUCAUGCUCCAAAGAUGUGAUGGGACGACGUACUGGUGGGUCCAUGAAUGCUCGAUCUUUGGCCAGAGUCCGGCCGGGAUGCGAAAGUACGGCGCCAAUUCCCGCUUGUGCGCAAGAACGUGUACUUGGUCUGCAACGACGUCGACACUUCGUGGCCGUACUUGGCUUCGAAGGUCGGGACGAACGGGAGCGUCGCAUCGAGGUCUUUCUUGACCGCGUUCAAAUACUUGGGCAACACCGACGGCGGCAUCGCCAUGGCUUUCGCUGCAAAAAUAGUGCGGCAGACGGCUGCGGCACAGAGAAAUGUACUGCGACAUCGUACACUGAGCGAUGAAACGAUACAGUACGUCCUGAACGUACGGCACUGCAUGGGGAUCGUCCACGAGAAGAUGCGCCAAUCACAUGGCACACAAUGUCCCGGAAAUUGCGAGUCGCAUCAGACAACUCUGCAGAUGCGAUCGCGAGGAAGAGCGCUCGUGGCACGCAUGCUGGGAGUGCCUGACCGACGCGGCUGAGAAGAGCUUCCAGCGAGAGAGAGUAUGCAGCAUGGCUCAAGUGAGACGACGAAGUGUUUUGCUUUGGUCGAGAAGUGUUGCUUACUUGCGCCAGGCCCGCAACACCGUCCAUGCCAUCGUGGACAUGUUGAAAACAAUGAUGAUUUCAUGCGGGGUUCAUUAACAUAGGCGUUCGCACCU